AUGGCGGACCUUUACGACAUGCAGGCGGAGAUCUACGCCGAUACGAGGCCGAAGUACCCGAAGGAGUGGUUCGCUCUACUCGCCGCCCUCACCCCACACCACAUCGUGGCGUGGGACGCCGGCACCGGCAACGGCCAGGCCGCCUUCGAUGUAAGUCUCCUUUUCCCUCUUCCGCCGGUUCUCAUCACUUCCACCCCUAACACAUCCAUACCCACUUGCCGUCGACGGCGGCGGAGCAAUUGGCCGACCACUACGACCGAGUCGUCGCCACUGACGUAAGCGAGGGCCAGUUAAAGCACGCCGUACCGCACACCAAGAUCCGGUACAUUCACACGCCCAUCUCCAUGCCGGAGGAUGGCCUAUUGGCGCUACUGGGUGGGGAGGACGCAGUCGAUCUGGUCACCAUCGCCACGGCCGUCCACUGCUUCGACCUCGAGAAGUUCUACCCGGUGGUGGAGCGAGCCCUCAGGAAGCCCGGCGGUGUGGUGGCCGUCUGGAGCUACCGGGAAAUGAGCGUCUCCCCCUCCUUCGACGCCCUAGUACAGGAAUCUCACUUUCCCCUUCGACAGCGUCGGCGUGGGCGCCGAAGGUGAGCAGGCGGCCUUCGAGAUGAAGACGAACGCCUCUUUUGAGUGGAUUCUCCAGUUGUUGCGGACCUGGUCCACAGUGAACAUCGCCAAGAAGCAAGGGAUCAACUUGUUGCCGGCCGAGGUGGUGGAGGAGCUGGAGAAGGCUUGGGGCGGAAGGUCUCUCAUCAGGGAGGUGACUUUCUCAUCCUUUGUGAUCGCCGGCAAGCCCAGAACGCCGGCGACCCUCCGAGAGGGCUAG